GUAUAUUAACCUGCUCACCCCGGUCACCCGAGCUCGCAGCAAAAUAGAUCAUGGCGACCCCUCAGAUCUACCGCAAAACCCUCCUCCCCGUCCUCCUCCUGCUCGCCGCCGCGGCGCUCUACCCAGCCGCCGCCGACGGCGACGAGGUGCUCGCCCUCACGGAGUCCACCUUCGAGAAGGAGGUCGGCCAGGAUCGUGGCGCGCUCGUCGAGUUCUACGCUCCCUGGUGUGGCCACUGCAAGAAGCUUGCUCCAGAAUAUGAGAAGCUUGCUGCAAGUUUUAAAAAGGCUAAAUCAGUCUUGAUUGCCAAGGUUGACUGCGAUGAGCACAAGAGUGUGUGCAGCAAGUAUGGAGUUUCUGGCUACCCCACAAUCCAGUGGUUUCCCAAAGGUUCCUUGGAGCCCAAGAAGUAUGAGGGUCAACGCACUGCUGAAGCCCUUACAGAAUAUGUUAACUCUGAAGCAGCAACCAAUGUGAAGAUAGCAGCAGUUCCUUCAAGUGUUGUGGUUCUGACCGAGGAAACCUUUGACUCAGUUGUCCUUGAUGAAACCAAAGAUGUCCUUGUUGAGUUCUAUGCCCCAUGGUGUGGUCACUGCAAGAGUCUUGCUCCGAUAUAUGAGAAGGUGGCCUCUGUUUUCAAGCAAGAUGAGGGUGUCGUGAUUGCUAAUCUUGAUGCUGACAAAUACACAAGCUUGGCUGAGAAGUAUGGAGUUUCUGGUUUUCCCACAUUGAAGUUCUUCCCGAAGGGUAACAAAGCUGGUGAAGAGUAUGAGAGCGGUCGGGAGUUGGAUGACUUUGUUAAGUUCAUUAAUGAGAAAAGUGGAACUAGCCGUGAUUCGAAGGGUCAGCUUACUUCAGAGGCUGGGCUUGUGGCAAGUUUGGAUGCUCUUGUCAAGGAAUUCCACAGUGCUGCUGAUGACAAGCGGAAGGAAAUCCUCUCUAAAAUUGAAGAGGAGGCUGCGAAGCUCAGUGGUCCUGCUGUCAAGCACGGAAAGAUCUAUGUGAAUGUUGCAAAGAAGAUAUUGCAGAAGGGCUCUGACUAUACCAAGAAGGAAACUGAGAGGCUUCAUCGCUUGUUGGAGAAGUCGAUCAGUCCUUCCAAAGCCGAUGAAUUCACCAUCAAGAAGAACAUUCUUUCAGCCUUCUCCUCUUAGUGGUGGUGACCCACGUGCCAUAGUCAGUAGUGCAACAGUACCACCUGCCACAAGAGAGAAGUGAAGAAAGACAAAGAGAGAUAGAGAUCAGAGAGAUGGCAGUGAAAGUUUAGCGGCGAUAGAUUUAUCUUAUUUUGGUUCAAUGUUGAACAACAUCUGAUAUCUGUUUUCUCUGCCGUUUACCUUUAUGGUUACAGGGAUUUACUUUAGCAGUAAAAGGGUUUACUCAAGAACAAACAGUACCAACUGGUAAUGACAUUAAUAAAUUUGCCAUUUGUGUUUUA